AUGCCACUGCCUGCAUUCCACUGCCUGCAUUCCACUGCCAUCAUCUUACUGCCAGCAUCCCAGCAUCCCAAUCCCAGCAUCCCAGUGCCAGCAUCCCAAUGCCUGCAUCCUGUUGCCAGCAUCCCGCUACCAGCAUCCCGCUGCCAGCAUCCCAGCAUUUCCACUGCCAGCAUGCCACUGCCAGCAUCCCCACUGCCAGCAUGCCAUUGCCUGCAUCCUACUGCCAGCAUUGCACUGCCAGCAUGUCACUACCAGCAUGCCCACUGCCAGCAUCCCACUGCCAGCAUGCCAGCAUCUCCACUGCCAGCAUCCCAGCAUCCCUCUGCAAGUCUGCCAGCAUCCCUCGGCCAGCAUCCCUCUGCCAGUCUGCCUGCAUACCACUGCCAGCAUCUCUCCGCCAGCAUUCUUCCGCCGUCGUCUGCAAACUACAGGUGUUCGUCUGCGUUAUUGAGCCCCGCGCUGUCGAAUCCCAG